GAUUCCACUCUUCUCACUUCUCACACACUUUUUUUUUUUUUUUCCUCACGAACUGCGUGGUGCCUCUAGCGGGCGCUCGCGCAUACAAAAGCGUUGCUGAUGUUGAUUGUUUCUGUUGUUGGUUGGAUACGUAAACUAGCAAGGCGCCUGGUGCUGCUUCUUCUUUCUCAUCAUCUUCUUUUACUUCGCGGUCCGGCCUGCGUUCUUCUUCGCUCUUCUUUACUUUACAUUUUCUCUUCUUCGAGAUGCCUUCCUUGCUCGUCUUCUUUUUCUCUCUGGAGAGAUGGAGACAGAGAAACUUCUUUUUUUUUCUCUCUCGGUUACUUACCUACUCUACCCUACCCUUACCUACCGACCUGCCUGUCUGGCUGCAUUUUCUGUUUCCUUUGUUGUUGCUGUCGAGCGUCGUUGGUGCUGCUGCUUAUUCUGCAUGGCAUGAGCGGGUGGCGUGAGACGUGGAGAGGUGAGGCGUUGUUUGUAUAUACCCUUUAUAGGUUGGCAGCGGUAGCUUGAACAGUUGGCUUUUCUUGAUCCAUCGGCUUGCUUGUAUGUACAUGUGCUUGUCGGUGAUUAUGAGGGAAUGCGUGUUUAGUGACGCUUUUGGAGCGUUCGUUGUGCUGCUGGACAGUGUUCGAGUAUUUAUACAGUAUGUAACUCACGCUUUAAGAGUACGAAGAUUGCGUGGCAUGGU